AUGAGAACAGAUACUCAUUCGCCGGAGCUUCGAAAGGAGUUCGUUGAACAACUUCAUGUCCUCUUUGAUAUUCUCGACACCAGUCGUACAGGCAGAAUAAGCUAUGAAACUCUUUGUGCUCGAUUUACGGAGGUUCACAAACCCCAUUUACCUCCAAGUUUUCUUCGUUGUGUUGGAAAGGUAGCAUCAGCUGACGGAUAUUUGACGUUCGACCGAUUUCUGACGGCCGUUAAAUUAUCUCUCCGCGAUUCGGAAAUAAACAACAAUAUUCCAUUACAAAGAGUUCAAAGUGAAGGAAGAAUUGAUAAUCUAACGGCUGAAAGAAGGAAAAUGCAUAAUGAUCCAUCUAUGGGCAUUAAUGACUUCUACAGAAGAACACAACUGCAUUAUGGAAGUCAACCCAAUAUAAAUCCAAAUGAUAAUACUUCCAGGGUGAUUCCCGUUUCAACAUCACCUGCUGCAACUUCACGUCCACCAAGCUAUUCGAAUUAUAUGAAUUUGAACUUCGAUGCUAACAGUCCUAAGCCUCCCAAUGUGGUUUUACGUCCAAAAAAGGUAACUGUUCGUUCUCAAAAAGAAGAAUCUCGUAUGCGUCAUCCAUUGCCACCAAAUGGAGCAAAUGCUCAGCGAGUUCAAGUUAUUCGCAGUCGUCCACACAGCACCACUUCAUACAACAGCAUUGCUUCAUCAGGAUUAGAAAACAUUUCUUGGAGAAAUUCCAGCUUGUCUACUUCAACCGAAAAUUCUGUUCGACGAAACACAGUACAUGAGGAUGACGUGACACCUCGAGUGGUAAGUUCAACAUUCUUUUUCUUCAACUUCAACAAUGAUUUGAAAAUUAAAAAAAAAAUACAAAAUAAAUUACAAAGUGUACGUUAA